AUGGACGACAUCUGCGUCGAGGGCGCUUGCAAGUUGCCACACGGUCAGAACUCUUCAACCGAAUCCGCUUUGUGGCUUGAGGGCUUACUUGAAGUCGGAGGCACAUAUCGAAGCCGCGCUGUCAGUGCUGAAUUAUAUCAGACGAGUUCAGUUAUCGCGGUCGAGAAGCUCUAUGAAGCAUCAGCAAUUCUCCAAAAAUUGUCGCAAGUUAGACAGACAUUGGAGUUCAGUCAAUUGAAGACGAGUCUCGAGCAAAAGUUGCUAUUGGCGCUGCAAGAAAAGAACCUGAAUAAAACACUCCUUUCGUACGAAAAUUUACUCGAGCUCGCAAACUCGCGCUCUGAUGCUCACUGCAUUCAGCAGUCUAUAGCAGUGGCUCUAUCUUUCAUUCGAGAGUCAACCUCGGCUCAAUGUGGUGCAGCGUUGGAAAUUCAAGACACACUCAGCAUCCUGCAACUAGCCGAUCAGCUGAGUAAAAUCGGUCUUCUUGACAUAGUUCAGCAAGUUAUAAGUAGGUCCAUUUCUCAGUAUAUCUUGUCAAGAUAUGAAGCAGAGCUGUGUCGGGCUACCUUGUUUGCAUCAACACAAGUCGGUGUGAGGAUGAACGUUGCCCCACUGCACGUGUUGUAUGAGUCGAUUCACUCAGUUUUACUCCAUAUUGAGCUUCGACUAGAAAACGGCAGUGCAACGACGACACAAAUAAAUGAGCUGAUAUUUUUAGACUUGUUUGAAGCUUGGUCGCAGGUGAUCGACGAAGCCCUUGUCGAGGUUGAACGCGGCGUGCGAGAGCGAUUUUUUGCACAAUCGAAACAUACACGAGAAGAUUUGUCAUCGUUGAAGUGCUUGGAUGCCGCUAUUGAGGAUACCAUACUCGUCGACAGGAUAUGCAAAGCGCAGCACUCUCGCUUUCAGAAGUGUCUGGAAAAGUUGCCUUUGCAUGAAGUAUCUCUACUUUCGCAACUUCGCAAAGAUUGCUACGAACUUUUCCCACUUCUUCGUAAGUUGGCUGAUUAUUACGUUCUGCUGGAAGAUCGAUACCUGAGCUCGAGUGCACUCACAUUUACGAACAUGCAAAAUUUGCAAGAAGUGAAUACUUCCCAAACAGCUUCGACAACGUUGGAUGACGUGUUCUUCGUGGUGAGCAGAAGUGUCCGCCGCUCAUUCGCUUUUGUUGAUCCCGCAGUGACAUCAAUUCUUUUGAAAAAUACAUCUUCUACGUUGAUGGAGUUCUCCAAGCAGUACAUGGAUAUUUUUCUGAGACAAACGCCAGAAAGCUCGGCAAGAAAGUUUCCAGAACUUCAUCAAUACGAUGCGUACUUACACGGAAACCGAAAACGCUCGAAGCGAAGCGAUAUCGACGAUCUUGUUAUCGCUCUUGCUCCUAUCAAUACGGUGAGCAUUAUGUCUUGUCGUCUACAACAGCUUCUCAAUGACACUGAGUUACUGCGGUCAGCCAUAUUCCCAGCUAGUGCUGAGUCCGAUUCUAUCUCAAACACCUUGAAACUGAUCAAGUCUCUCUCACUCGAACUCGUCCAUUCGUGCAAAGAUUAUGUUUCGAACGUAUCACGGUGCCGCUUGAAUUUACACGGCGAGGUCUGGGAGAAACUUGCGACCACGGACUACGUCAUAUCGAACGAAGCGUAUCAUAUGGAGUCCAUCGGAACCUGGGUGAAUGACACUCUAAUGUUCUUACUCAACGAUUUCUGUACUGCAUCGGAUGUUCUUACACAAGAAAAUAAUGAGCUGUUGAUACGAUUCGCGAGCGAAAGUCUUUCUACGCGCUUGGAAAAUAUCACAAAAGCGUGCUUAAGUUUUAAUCACCUCGGUGCUUUGAGAUUCGAGCGAGAGCUCAGAUACUUGAUAUCUGGGUUGUCUAGCGCAACGAGCUUACAUUUGCGGGAGCAUUUCUCUAGACUGACGCAGCUUAGUGUUCUUUUGAGUGCAGAGACGAAAAGUGAAGCGGAUUCUUAUUUAACCGACAUGACGCACCACACGUCCUGGAAGCUCGCCGAAAAUGACGUGGAAAAGAUCUUGAGCUUGCGAGUAGAUUUGGCAUGA